AUGGAUUACUACUCCAGGGUGCAAGAAUUUUAUGUCCAGGACGAAUUCACCAUCACAGAUUUGGAGGAAGAUGAACCGGUUCCAUGCUCCAGCAGCAGAGGAUUUCCCACCUUCCUUGUUAUGCACAGUGAGAGUGAACAGAAUGCUCAACCAACCGUGUUCCCAGAUUCGUCUUCUGAAGAAAAUGCACCUCCAGAAAAUAGACUAGAUGAUUUGGAUUUUGUCCCUGAUCUAUUUAUUCCAAAUGUUCUUGAUUUCCCUCCAUUUGAUGAAGUCACUUCCCCUGUAUUUGUACUUCAUGCUGCUUUUGAUGACUCUGUAAUAGAUAGGGAAAAUAAGAGUUCUGCCUAUUCUGAUAGCUCUGUUGAGCCUUUGGUUAGCCAAUUCCAGAGUAGUGUAAUUGCCUCACCUUCAACCAAGUCUUCUGCAACUAUUCGAAAGCGCUCCUUUAGUCACUUCACUGAAGGAUCUCAGGGAUGGACUAUGUCUGCCCCAGCUUGGGAGGACCUCACUGAUUCAGACUCGGAGGACAGUGUUAUCCAAUACAGAAUGACGGUGCGACAAGUCGUAUCAGAUCCUAAAACACUACCUGCACAAGUCAUAAAGAAGCCAAGAGGUAGUCUCAAGUCCAACCAGCGCUCUUGA